AGUUUUCCAUUUUCGAUUUUUGUCUCAAUAAUAUUCAAAUGGGUAUCUUCACUGGUCUUUUAAAACUUUACAUUCUUUUUCAAAAUUUGCAGGGAGUAGAAGAUGACGUCUUCAACCUUCCGUUCUGUUUCCUGUUUACUCAAGGAUGAAUCAAAGAUUUUGAAGCUUAAAAAGCGAAAUGAAGGGAAGGUGUUUGUUAAAUGUUCAAUGAGCACUAAAGCUCAAAAGCCACAGCCGGAAGUUCGCAUUGGUGUUCUUGGAGCUAGUGGCUACACUGGCUCGGAGAUUGUUAGGCUUCUAGCAAAUCAUCCACAUUUUGGCAUUACUCUCAUGACUGCUGAUAGGAAAGCUGGUCAACCGUUUUCAUCAGUAUUUCCUCAUCUAUUCACACAAGAUCUUCCAGAUUUGGUGGCCAUCAAAGAUGCGGAUUUUUCAGAGGUGGAUGCAAUAUUUUGCUGCUUGCCACAUGGAACAACGCAGGAAGUUAUUAAAGCCCUUCCCAAGGAAUUAAAAAUUGUGGACCUUUCAGCUGACUUCCGCUUGCAAGAUCCAUCCGAAUACGAGGAGUGGUAUGGCCAGCCACAUAGAGCAGUGGAUUUGCAGAAAGAAGCCGUGUAUGGUUUGACAGAAAUUUUGAGGGAUAAAGUCAAGGGUGCUCGUCUUGUAGCCAAUCCUGGUUGUUAUCCAACAUCUAUUCAACUUCCUCUUGUGCCACUAAUAAAGGCUAAUCUAAUUCAACAUGGGGGCAUCAUUAUUGAUUCUAAGUCUGGUGUUAGUGGAGCUGGACGUGGUGCCAAAGAGGCAAAUUUAUACACGGAAAUAGCUGAAGGCAUUUAUUCUUAUGGAAUUACCCGCCAUCGUCAUGUUCCUGAAAUUGAGCAGGGACUGUCUGAAGCCACAAAGUCAAAAGUAACCGUCAGUUUUACGCCACACCUAAUGCCAAUGAUUCGAGGUAUGCAAUCAACUAUAUAUGUCGAAAUGGCUCCAGGGAUGAAUACUGAGGAUCUGUACCAACACUUAAAAGACUCCUAUAAGGAAGAAGAAUUUGUACGCGUGUUGGAGAAAGGAGUCGUCCCUCGUACUCAUAAUGUCCGAGGGUCUAAUUAUUGCCACAUCAACGUCUUUCCCGACCGAAUUCAAGGAAGAGCCAUCAUUGUUUCUGUUAUUGAUAAUCUUGUGAAGGGGGCUUCAGGUCAAGCGCUACAGAAUCUCAAUUUGAUGAUGGGAUUCCAUGAAACUACAGGGCUCCUUUAUCAGCCCCUGUUUCCUUAACGCCCUUGUUCUUGUUAAUGGCUUGAAAAGAACUUGCGAGUCCAAGGUCCUCGAAUACUUUCCAACCUUAGUCCGUUCGUUGGUUGGUUAAUUAUAUUUCACUACCUGUUGUUUAGGUUACAUGACAUGAAGAUGAAGCUACAAUAGUUGAAACUCCAACCUACAAUUGUAUGAUAAGAGUUCUCAGAUGAUGAGAAAUAAGGUUUGGUGACAGUUGACUCACCAAGUAAUGGCAUUUGUUCAAGAAUGCAUGUAAUGUUCUCUUCUAAAAAAGCAGCACUUCUUUUGUUGAUAUGCUCACCUUUCUUUCUCAAUAAAGAAGGCUGAGCUAAAUUAUUCUAUUUCUACCUGUGGCAGACUUAUGGUUUUAUUUUGGGAGAAAUUUUGUUUCAAAAUUUAGUACCCAAAUUUUACGAGUACAUUUAUUGUAAAUUGUCAUUAAAUUUUAAUGGAAUUUGCCUUUAGCUUAACAAUCAA